AUGACAAAUAAUCAAAGUAAUUCAGAUUUAAUCAAGGAUCAUUUAGUCGAUAUUUCAACAACAUUUACUUCUACUAAUAACCGUAGAGAUACGAAAUAUCUUAUUGCUACACUUGGUAUUAAAUCAUAUGGAACAAUUAUUUUUGGUCAUAAUCAAUCUAAUAAAGCUAAUUUUAUUCGAAUACCAUCAAAUGCAUCACCAUCAUAUGUUAAACAAUUAAUUGUUCAAAGAUGUGCAAAUAAGCGUCCAUCACUUGUUAUAUCUGUAACUGGAAGUGCGCGAGAAUAUAAUAUGAAAUCAAAAUUAUUUCGUGUAUUUCGUCAAGGUCUUCUUAAAGUUGUCAAAACAACUGAUGUUUGGAUAAUUACGGGUGGUGUUAAUACAAGUAUAACAAAACUUAUAGGAGAAAUAAUUCGAACAAAUCCAGAUCAAUCUCGACCUGUUCAUUUAAUUGGUAUUGCACCAUGGGGUUGUGUAUCGGGUGUUGAACAACUUGAUGUUCAUGGAACCAAUGUUAUUUAUGCUAAAUCAAGAACUGAUGAAAAUAAUGAAAUUCCACUUGAACCAAAUCAUACCCAAUUUAUAUUUAUUGAUGAUGGAACGAAAUAUCAAUAUGGAGGAGAAAUUCAAUUUCGUAAUCAGUUUGAAAAAUCAAUAGCAGGAGAAUCAUUUGUUACAUUGAAUAAUCAACACGAUUCAUCAGAUAAAACUCAUAGUGAAGAUAAAUCAACAUCAUCAUAUUCACAAUUAGAUAGUGUACCCGUAGUUCUUCUAGUAUUAGAUGGUGGUCUUGAAACAAUACAAAAAGUUCAUGAAAGUGUUAUAAAAAAUAAAAUACCUGUUGUUCUUCUGGAAGGUACUGGUGGUUGUUGUGAUUUAUUUGCUAAAUGUUAUCAUUUAUACAAUGAAUAUCGACCAAGAUCAAAAACAUUACUUGAAACAAAUAUAGAUCCAUCAUUUUUAUCUGAAAAAAAUGAACAAAUAAAAAAUAAAAUUCGUGAAAGAUUCAAAUCAGUUUAUAGUGAAACUCUUUAUGUGAAUGAAAAUAUUGAUUAUUUUCAAUUAAUUUAUGAAUGUAUUGAUAGUCGUAUGAUAUUUUUAAAUUUUAUUGAUUUUAAACCACAUAGUCAUGUUGAACGAGAUGUUGAUUUAGCUAUUUUACAAGCUCUUUUAAAUGCUACGAAUUCAAAUGAAGAAAAUGUUGAACAAAAAUUAGAACAAUUAAAUUUAGCAUUAGAAUGGAAUAGAGUUGAUAUUGUUAAAAGUUUUAUUAUGAAAACUGAACGAGAUUGGACAAAAAUCAAUUUAAAUGGAUUAUUUUUUAAAGCACUUAUGAGAAAUCAAACAAGUUUUAUUCAAUUAUUUCUUGAUCAUGAUUUUUCAUUAAAUAAUUUAUUUCAAAAUCCUAUUCAACUUUUAAGACUUUAUCAAAAUCAAAAUUAUAUAUUUAAACAUCAUUUUGAUGAUCCAUUACGAGCUAUAUAUAAAGAUAUUAUUCAACCACUUAUUGGAGAUUUUUUUGAAGUUGAUGCCAUCUUUUCUCCACAUGCUAUGAAUUCACACAAUACUGAUAAUCAACCAUCACAAUCUCCUCCAGUAUUAUUCAAUGAAACAACUGAUACACAUACAAAUCAGAAUGUACAGCCAAAUGCUACAAUAUAUUUGCAUUCUGAUGCAAUAGAUGUUGAAAAGGAACUUUUUCUUUGGUCGGUAUUAACAGGUAAACAAGAAUUAGCAUUAUUGUUUUGGGCACGAGGAAAAAAUAAAGUUUGUGCGGCUUUGAUUGCAACAUUACUCUAUAAGAGUAAAGCAGAAAAAGAAAAAGAUAUACGAUAUAAUGAAUGGGGAUAUCAAUUUGAAAAUUUAGCAGUCCAAAUUCUUGAAAAAUUUUAUCGUUUACAUCCAUCUCAAUGUAAUCAAGCAAUAAUAAGAGAAAUUCCUCAAUUUGGUAAUGUGACAUGGUUACAUUUAGCUGUUAUGGCUGAAGCAAAAUUAUUUAUUGCACAACGAGCUGUACAAAAUGUAUUGAAUAGUAUUUGGUAUGGAUAUAUUGAUCGUCAAGUUGGACAUGUAAAGAUAAUAUUUUCUACAUUUAUGCUUUGGUAUAGUGGAUUUUUACCUUAUCAUGAUGAUAUGAUUGAGGAUUCUCAACUUACAUUAAAUUUAAAACGAAAUUAUGUAUCAGAAAUGCAAUAUACAACUAAUAUAAAUGAAAAUUUUGCUCAAUGUAAAUUAAUAGAAGAUGAAUUAAAUGAAGAACAAAUAUUAAAUGAUAAUUAUGAUAACUCUUCAUUAAAAAAAAUAAAAUCUAGUGAGAGUCAAUAUUGGAAAAAUAUAUCAAAGUUUGUUGAUGCACCAUAUGUCAAAUAUCUGUAUAACUUGUAUGCUCAUAUAUUAUUUCUUAUAUUGUUUUCCUAUGUGAUAUUAUUUGAUUUUUUUCCAUUAUAUAAAUUUGAAUCAGAUACAUGUCUUAUUGGCAGUGAAGAUAAUAUAAAUGCAGACAUAAAAAAAAAUUCAAGUGAAUCAUCGAAAUAUAGUCUUAAUCCAAGACCUCGACCAUCAAUAACUGAGAUAAUACUGAUUAUAUGGAUGAUAACUAUAUUAUUUGAAGAAAUUCGACAAAUUAUGGCAAUGGAAUUAAAAACAAUACGUGGAAAAGUUACAGAAUAUCUAUCAAUAUUUUGGAAUAAAUUAGAUUUAUUAAUUGUAAUUUUAUUUUUUAUUGCAAUUAUUCUUCGAUAUAUUCCAUCACGGAAUUGUUUUUGUAGUGCAAGAAUUCUAUUAGCUCUUGAUUUAUCUCUUUGGUAUAUAAGAACACUUGAUAUAUUUUCUGCUAUAAAACGACUUGGACCGAAACUUGUUAUGAUUGGAGCAAUGGUUCAUGAUAUGAAAUUUUUUAUGUUAGUUAUAACUGUAUUUAUAUUAGCAUUUGGUGUACCUGCGUAUAGUUUAAUGUAUGGUGUUGAGAAAUUUUCUUGGUCUAUACCACGAAGUAUAAUAAAUAUGGCUUAUUGGCAAAUAUUUGGAGAAUUAACAAUACUUGAUGAAAUUGAAGAAAAUUAUGAUAUAAGUGGUUAUAUUGUAUUUAUUUUACUUAUUUUAUACAUGACGGUUUCUAGUGUUCUUCUAAUUAAUCUUCUUAUUGCCAUGAUCAGUAAUACAUUUGAUCGUCUUCAAACAGAUACAGAUUGUAUAUGGAAAUUUCAACAUUAUUCAUUAGUAUGUUAUCAUUUAACUCGUCCACGUCUUCCACCACCAUUUAUUAUAUUUUCACAUAUUUGGAGAAUAAUUCUUUAUUUUUUUUCACAUUAUAUCAAAUUAAAAUGGUUUGAAAAAAAAUAUAUUCAAUAUAAAAAUAAAGGAAAAUUUCGAAUAAUAAUUGAUGAAAGAAUGACAAGAAAUAUUGAAGCAAUUGAAGAUGCUUUAGGAAAUGAAAUUUAUUAUUUUUUUUCAAAAAUUGAUCGAAAACAAAUUGAUUUUCAAACUGAUUUUGAUGAAGAACGAAUGUAUUUAUUAAAAUUAAUAAAGAAUAUUUUUAUUUCUUUUAUUUAUUCUUUCUCCAGACAUUCACCGCAACAAAUUGUUCUAAAUAAAAUCAAAACACUUGAAAAUCGUGUUAGAACGAUACAAAAUCAACAAGAUGAUAUGUUUGAAUAUUUGGAAUGUUUAAUGAGUGGUAUUAAAAAAAUAGGUGGUGAUGAUAUUGAAAUGCCAAAAGGAACUCGUACAAAUUCAGAAUUAAUAUGUAGGAAUAUACAAUUUCGGUCAACAUUAACAAAUGAAUUAAUUCAUAAAAUUCAAAACAAUGGUAUUUUAUGA